AACGGCCGCGCCCGCCGGCACGUGCGGACGGUCCCGGCGGGGGCGGGGCGGUGCCGCCUCCGCCCGGCGCUGCCCCGCUACCGGCCGACAUGGCGAGGGCCCUGGGGUCGCUGCUCUGCGGGCGCAGCCGCUGGCUCGGCAGCGUUGCUUUUAGGCAGCAGAAAUGGAAAAGCUCUGUCUCCACACAAGCAAAAAUGCCUCCUUGCGAUUUUGUACCUGAAAAAUACAAAUCCUAUCCAUAUGAACAUAUGCAGAAGAUUCGUGAACAAAAUAUUUCUCCUUCACUGCGACUGUAUUACAAGAAGCCGUUGUUGCUGCAUCAAGGACAUAUGCAGUGGUUGUUUGAUUACGAAGGAAGAAGAUACCUUGAUCUCUUUGCUGGAAUUGUCACCGUCAGUGUUGGUCACUGUCACCCGAAGGUAACUAUGGCUACCCAGAAACAGCUUGCUCGCCUGUGGCAUACCACUAAUAUCUACAUGCACCCGUCAAUCCAAGAGUAUGCUGAAAAGCUAACUGCUCUUCUUCCAGAUCCACUUAAGGUGGUUUAUCUAACCAACAGCGGGUCAGAAGCCAACGAUUUGGCUAUGUUCAUGGCAAGGCUGUAUACUCGUAACUUCGACAUCAUCUCUUUCAGAGGAGCAUACCAUGGAGGCAGCCCUUACACCCUGGGAUUGACAUCUAUUGGUCUUUAUAAGCAUGGUGUUGCCAAUGGCUUUGGCUGUUCAACAACAAUGUUACCAGAUGUUUUUCGUGGUCCAUGGGGAGGCAGCAAUUGUAGAGAUUCUCCAGUGCAAACUGUUCGAAAAUGCAGCUGUUCAGAAGGUGUAUGUCAAGCAAACGACCAGUACAUUGAACAGUUCCAAGAUACGCUGAAUACCUCAGUGCCAAAGGCAAUAGCUGGAUUUAUCGCUGAACCAAUUCAAGGUGUUAAUGGAGCUGUUCAGUACCCAAGAAAUUUCUUAAAGGAAGCUUAUCAGCUAGUACGGGAAAGAGGGGGCGUUUGUAUUUCAGAUGAAGUACAGACCGGAUUUGGACGGACAGGCAGCCAUUUCUGGGGAUUUCAAACACAUGAUGUAGUCCCUGACAUUGUUACUUUGGCAAAAGGAAUUGGCAAUGGCUUUCCAAUGGCAGCUGUUGUUACAACAAAAGAGAUUGCAAGUUCCUUGGCUCAAAACCUUCACUUUAAUACAUUUGGAGGAAGCCCUUUGGCCUGUGUAGUUGGAGCUGCAGUUCUUGAUGCUAUUGAAGAAGAUGGUCUGCAAAAAAACAGUGAUGAUGUGGGAACAUACAUGCUACUGGAGUUGGCUAAACUACGGGAUAAAUUCGAGAUUGUUGGAGAUGUCCGUGGCAAGGGACUUAUGAUUGGAGUAGAAAUGGUGACAGAUAAGGACAGUCGCCAGCCUCUUCCAGCUGAAGAGAUCAGUCAGAUCUGGGAAGACUGUAAAGACAUGGGGGUUCUGAUCGGACGAGGAGGACUCUACAGUCAGACAUUUAGAAUUAAACCUCCUAUGUGCAUUACUAAAAAGGAUGUCGAUUUUGCUGUGGAAGCAUUUCAUACCGCUUUACAGAGACACGCGGAAAGAGCAGCUGCAAAACAGACGUGAUUUGUUCCCUUGCGUGAGAUGCACACAGAACCCCUGAUACUUGCCACGCAGACUCCACACUAAUCAACACUAGACGAGAAAAUCAUCGUCUGAAGAUUAAAUGCUUGUUCAGUAUCACAAGAGCAAUUGGAGAGAUUCAGCGUUUAAUAAAGAAUAUGCUCUAAUCUGUUUUGUAAACAUACAGUGGAGUUCUACAGUGGUGUCAUGGAUAAGCUGCACACCUAUUGUAGCCUUAGCAUAAAAAACCCUGAUGGGAUUAACUGGGUAUCAGAUGAAGAGACAGACACAUUCAUCUUGCAUCUGUGAAACUCAUAACAAAACUGGUAAUUUUUAGAAAGAGUGACAGCAAAUUAAUAAAAGUUGUUUUGGGGAAGUA